UUUCUCUCGAUAGCUGGUCUCUCAAAUUUCUUCUCGUAUUGCUUCAUUCCUAUCUUUGGGCUAUAUACAUACGGGCUCCAUUCCCGAAGCUAUCAUACAAAUCGUGCAGCAGUCUGUACGCAUAGACAGAGUCUCGUUCCCUUCUUUCGCUUUUCUCUCUCCUUAUACCACACAACGUCACAAUGGCGCCGCAAGACGAUAGAAGGCGGCCUGCCGCUCUCAACUUGGUCCCCUCGAGAAAAUCCUCCACCAGCUCCUCAUCCACAUCAUCGCUCAAGCCACCGAGGACACCGAGAUUUGCAGAAGCCACUACAGUUCACUCGCCAGUAGAUCAACGGAGUAUGCCGUUUGGAAGAGAUGGAUCACAGGUAGCUCGUGCUCAACCGGCCGAUGUUGGAUUUGGAUAUAUCAACGACGACGCGAACAAAGAGCCAGUAAACGUACCGAUGACACCGAAGUCACCAUUGAAGAGCGCAAUGAGGGUUCCGGGUACGCCAGCGAGGAAAAUUGAGAACCCUUUGAGCCCGACAUUUAGGGAAGAGGAUAUCUUAGACAAGCGGGAGAAAUCUACCGAGAAGGAGCAAGAACGGGAUCUGGGCAUAAAAUCAAAGGUGCGAAUGGCUAAAUUCGCACUACGAGGCGUCAGCUUCAGUUGCAGUACAAUCAUUCUCGCCAUGCUCACCUCCUCACUCUCCAUCUUCCACGCGACCAAGAGUCUACCAGCACAGAACGGCCUACCACCGUGGGCAACGGGUACGAGUACCUGGCCGCAAAUCCUUGUGCUGUGUGUCUCUUGUGUCAAUCUCCUCAUCUGCAUCCUCGUUUUCGUUGGCUACUGUCGAGGUGGUCACCACCGCGCCGAGAAAGUCGGUGUCUACUAUACGUUAUUCGCAGUCGGCUGGUUUAUCGUAUCCGUAAUCCUAUGGGCCGCAGCAGCCGGCGUCAUCCAGUUCACGAGAAACAAUAGCGGCAAUCAGGAUAUGUGGGGAUGGUCGUGUGUCAACAACCACCGUUCUGAACUCUUCUCGCAGAAGAUUGACUACGAACUCGUAUGCAGACUUCAAAACUGGGCUUUGAUCUGUAUUAUCAUCGAGAUUGUGAUUGAUGUCAUCACGAUCACACUAUAUAGCGUCGUGUUUUACAGGUACUACACCAAGCGACGCCUAGCUAAGUCGAUGGACCUACGAGAUCGCGCCAGAUCCGACCUGUACCUCGCCCAACUCCGAUCGCAAUCAGCACCUAACACGCCAGGCUUCGGCCCCAAAUCGCCAUCCUUCUCUCAGUACGCCAUGUCGCCGCGCUUCCCGCCAUCGGCCUACAAGUCACUCGGUGACAUCGAGGAAGGACAAGCACCCACAUUUACACCAGGAGCUCAGGUUGCCGAACCUGCAUCUGCAUUUGCGAGCCAGAAUGCCAAGCCGGCCGAUAAACCGUUCAAGCUGCAGGCUCCGCCAACUAAAGCGCCCUCCGCCACCCCCAAACUUGGACAGGGCGCAUUCAGGACACCCACAACCCCCGACGCACCGGGUCCCAGCUUUAGCAACAACUUCAAUGAGCAUGGCCCCGUAGCCCCUGGCGAGGUUCAAUACGACGCAGUGCCCAUCCCAGGGGCGUACGCAGACGCGGUGAUGAAGAGUCCGCCACCCAACCAAACGAAUUUUGGACACGCGCGGUAGAUUGGGGUGUAACUUUAACAUUGGGAGGAAAGGGAAAGCUUUUGAAUUUACACAACUGGAUAUAGCCUAAUUUCUUUUGUUCAGCUGAGCUGGAAAACACAACAUUUUUUUAUUGGUCACGUC